UGUCAUUCAUCCAAAGGUCCUUCAGCCCUGGUAUCUGAACCUUCGCCGCCACCCUUCCAUCUUCUAUCGUCUUCUUCUUCCUCUCAGUCUCAGGAACAACUUAGAGCUUGGAAGAAUGGCAACGUACGUGCCUGAGGAAGUGGUGAUGAAGAUCCUGUCGAUGCUGCCUCCAAAAUCUCUUAUCCGAUUCAAGUGUGUCUGCAAAAGGUGGAAAGCUCUCAUUGGAAACCCUGAUUUCCUCUCCAAAAACCUCCUCAAUCACUCCAUUUUCACCCAAAACCCCACUCAUCCUCUCCGUCUUAUCCUCUUCUCCGCCAAUGACAUAUCCGAAACCGGAAACCAAAUACACUCUUUCCGCUCUUACGACUCCCUCCGCUGCCCGUCUCAAACCCCUCUGAAUCUUCCGCCAGCACCAUCAUAUACUGAAAUCGUCGCUUCCUGUAAUGGCUUGCUCUGUCUCUGGGACGUAAUGCUAAGCGACAUCUAUCUCUGGAAUCUCGCCACGUCAUCAGACCUUGAGGCUCUCCCGGCCUCGCCUUCUCGCUCUCGCACCGGACUUAGAGUCCCUAACGAUGAUUUUGCGUUCCAUAAUGUGGGGUUCGGUUUCGAUUCGGGAUCCAAUGACUUCAAGGUGGUCACACUUGUAGAUUCGGAUGGCGGCGGAUGGUUGGAAGCAGAAAUAUACAGCCUAAGAUCUGGAUCUUGGAGACAGCUUCAUCUGAGUGUGAACAUUGCGAGGCAUCUCGUUUCGCAGAGUGUAGCAUUAGAUGGGGCUUUUCUAUGGCAUGACAACUACACAUUCGAUGAUUGUGUGGACGACCGUAUAGUUGCUUUUGACUUCAGCGAUGAGAAGUUCCGAAAAAUGAUGUUUCCCGAUGCUCGCCUUUUUUAUGAUUACGAUAUAUGCAUGCGAACUCUCAUGGAGUUGAAGGGAUCUGUUGCUAUGUUGAUUUUGGGUCGUGAGGAGAGGAAGAUAACGAAGGAUUUGGAAAUAUGGGUCAUGCUUGAAUUUGGUGUUAAUGAGUCGUGGACUAGACUUAUUAUCAUUCAACUCCCCUUGCAUUUGGAAAUACCACUGAGGUUUUGGAAGAACGGGGAAUUGUUUAUGGAGAAUAGUGAGGGGCAGAUGGUAUUAUAUGACCUUUUGGCACAAACAGAGACCAAUCUUCAGUUUGAAGGGUAUGGGGGAACGUUAAAAGUUGUAUACUGCAAUUUUGUUCGGUUUGAAGGAAUGGGGAGUGGUGUCAUACCUACCUCAUCAUGUUCAUGUCAGUUGCAUAACACCACCCAGUUCAAUGACCAUGAAGACUGCAGGAGAAAACAACGGGAGAUAGAGCAGAAAUUGGAAGAGACACAAAUCUUACUGCGGGAUAUGCAAGAAGGUAUGUCGAAGAUGCAGGAACAGAUAGAUAUGCUAAUGGCACUUGUAAGAAGGCCUGGAGGGAGCUUUGGAGGUGAUCCAAGCCAUGGCAAACUGUGAGUGGGCUGUAGCUGCAGGUGAGAGUUCUAGAAAGAGAGUCACUAGAAUGACUUCAAACCGUAAAUUAGAGAUCUGGAGCCAAAUGGUAUGGAUUUUGAGUUUGUUAUGAAUGUUGUAAUAUAAAAAACGAAUAGCUAUGGUAUGAUAUUCAACAGUUUCUAUGAGCUCGAGCCUUUGUUGAUUAAUGGAACCAUGACUGUUUACCCAAGGCUUGGUCCGUGGGGCCUCUUUGCCUGGUUGGGCCACCAAAGGUUCUACCAGAACCCCACAGUAAGCCUACGUGGGUGCAGUGGCCUGACAAGAUGCGUGAGGAGGGGAACUCAGUUCUGUACGUUGCCUUUAGAUCUCAGGUGGUGAUUUCGCCUGCACAACUCAAAGAACGACAAAACCUGCUCGAUCGCUUCAUCUACCAGAUGGGCACCCUUGGCUGUUUCCUCGGCUAGAUGUUCUAUAAGCGUUGCAGCUUCUUUGAGUUUUCGCCUGGUGGAAGGUGAUCGGCGACCUCUUCCGCUACCUUAUCCACUUGCUCAGCCACCUUUUCUACAGCCUCUGCUACUGCUUCUACUUUAUCUGCAGCCGUUUCAACUCGGCUACAUGUUCAAUCCAAGCAUCACAUGAUUAAACCCCUUUAUAUUCACAAUGUCACAAUGAAAAAUGAUUGAGUGAACAAAAAAGGGCAUGAAAUUCCUUACUUUUCAGUUUCAGUAACGGUCCCCAUUUACUCCCCAAGAAUGGUAGAAUUACUGUCACUAUCAUUCCAAAUAUCCAAACUUUCCUGCGAGGAUAUAUCCAUAAACUCUGUUAAUUACUUAUAUAAGACAAAAACAACAAUAGCUAGGAGCAAUAUUACAAAAUCAAAUACUCUUACCAUGAACCGGGAGAAGGAUCAGAAGGAAGCAGAGCUCCUGGAAGUACACUGUAAAUCUUUGUUUUGCUGACAAUUAGCUCUGUCGCCAUCAGGCCUGUGUUGACAAACUGCAAACCAUUUCCCAGAAAACAGCUGCCGAUCUUGCCUUUCGAGAUAACCAGAAGAUGAUUAGGCCGAUUACGAGCUGAAGCUUGGUACCUGCGAGAAGAGCAGGGGUUUCUAAGCCACUGUGGAUGGAAUUCUGUUUUGGUGAACGAAUAUGAUCUUCUUCAUUGUCUUCCUCUUCUUUGUAGUCCUGGAAUAAGAGAAAAAAUAUGGAUUUGUUAAUUAUUUAUUUACAGGAAGUGAUGAAAUAACGUGCAUUGAAUGGGAGAUUAAUAAUGAGACUUUUCUUUUAGACUUGUAAUUGGAGAUGAAUGAAAACUUAUGACCAUGCAGCAUUUAUGUCU